GCGGACCUGUGGCUUAACAUUCUCCCACUGCUGGGUUCCACUAUGCGCUCGUAAAACGCUCGGCCGUCUACUCCGAGGAGCGCGACGGUGCAGGUGCUCUGUCUCUUCGGGAGGAGAGGAUGCGGACGGAAGGACGGGGGAGGGAAGGGAUGAAGGGAAUCGCCAAGAGGAAAGCAUCUAGGAUAUGAAAAAGGAGGGUUUUUAAAGGAGAACGCACCGGUGCAAGGUCGAAUAUGAAAGACUGUUCGAACGGGGUGACACUUUGCUUGGUGAUAGCUGGUCGGCACUAGUACUAUGAUUUGGUAUGUGGCCACUCUGAUAGCAAGUGUAUUCAGCACCAGAGGAACGACCGCUCAAGGUGUCCACGGAUUGAGAGAGGAGCCCCGGUUUGUGACGGCGCGUGCCGGAGAGACCGUGAUCCUGGGGUGUGACGUGUCUCCCCCCCUGGACGGCCAGCAGCCGCCCUACGUGGUGGAGUGGUUCAAGUUCGGAGUGCCUAUCCCCUUCUUCAUCAACUUCCGCUACUACCCUCCCCAUGUGGACCCGGAGUACACAGGCAGGGCCUCCCUGUAUGGGAAAGCCUCUCUGCAGAUGGACCCCGUGCGCUCUGAGGACCAGGGCUGGUACGAGUGCCGCGUGCUGAUGCUGGAGCAGCAGCACCCCACUCACAGCGACAGCUUCCACAAUGGCAGCUGGGUGCACCUCACAGUCAACGCUCCGCCUACUUUUACGACAACGCCCCCUCAAUAUGUUGAGGCCAAGGAGGGAGGCAACACCCAGCUCAGCUGCACCGCCUUGGGAAACCCUAAACCAAUGAUAAGCUGGCUAAGGGAGGGGGAGGAGCUUGUAACCAACUCUAAAUAUUCGGUCCACGACGGCAGCGUGACGGUCCUGGCCAUCACCAGGGACGACCGCGGGGCCUACACCUGCCGUGCCCACAGCGACCAGGGAGAGGUGCUGCACACCACACGCCUGCUGGUCCAAGGCCCUCCGUACAUCGUCUCUCCGCCAGAGAACAUCACUGUAAACAUUUCCCAGAAUGCCCUGUUCACGUGCCAGGCGGAGGCGUAUCCCGGCAACCUUACCUACACCUGGUUCUGGGAGGAAGACAACGUCUAUUUCAAGAACGACCUGAAGCUGAGGGUGAGGAUCCUGAUCGAUGGCACCCUCAUCAUCUUCCGGGUGAAGCCGGAAGACGCCGGGAAGUACACAUGCAGCCCGAGCAACAGCCUGGGAAUCUCGCCCUCCGCAUCAGCACACCUGACUGUUCAGUACCCGGCCAGAGUGGUCAACAUGCCACCGGUCAUCUACGUCCCCCGCAAACUGCCAGGGGUGAUCCGCUGCCCCGUGGACGCCAACCCCCCAGUCAUCUCCGUCAAGUGGGAGAAGGACGGCUACCCCCUCCGCGUGGAAAAGUUCCCCGGGUGGAGCCAGACGCCGGACGGAAGCAUCCGGGUGGCGGAGGCCACCGAAGACUCCCUGGGCACUUACACCUGCGUGCCUUACAACGCCCUGGGGACCAUGGGCAUGUCCCCCCCCGCUACUCUGGUGCUAAAGGAUCCGCCUUACUUUAAUGUGAGGCCAGGGGGGGAGUACCGCCAGGAGGCGGGGCGAGAGCUGGUGAUCCCCUGUGCUGCUUCUGGAGACCCUGAGAUCCCAACCAUCACCUGGAGAAAGGUGGGGAAGCCCAGUAAGAGUAAGCACAACGUCCUGCCAAGUGGAAGCCUGCAGUUCCUGUCCCUCAGCAAGGAGGACCACGGCGAGUGGGAGUGCGUGGCCACCAACGUGGUCACCAGCAUCACUGCCAGCACGCGACUGCUCGUCAUCGGCACCAGCCCCCACGCUCCGGGCAACAUCCACGUCCUGCCAUCCAUCACCUCCGCCAACGUGUCCUGGGAGCCCGGCUACGACGGGGGCUUCGAGCAGACGUUCUCCGUGUGGUACGGCCCAGUGUCCAAGAGGAUCGACUUCGGGCCCCACGACUGGCACUCCAUGCCGGUGUCGGGCUCCGGGAUCUGGCUGGUGGUGACGGGGCUGGAGACCAGGACUGAGUACCAGUUCAGCGUGUUGGCCCAGAACAAGCUGGGCACCGGGCCCUUCAGCGAGGUGGUGACAGUCAACACCGCAGGCUCCCCGCUGAGCACCCCGGAGCCCCUGGUUCUCCUCACGCCACCACGGUGCCUCACCGCCAACCGUACCCAGCACGGGGUGCUGCUCACCUGGCUGCCGCCCGCCAACCACUCGUCCCCUGUGGACCGCUACAUCGUGGAGUUCCGGCUGGGCGAGCGCUGGGAGGUGCUGGAGGACCUGAUCCCCGCCACCGAGACCGAGCUCAUCGCCCGCGACCUUAUUCAGGAGUCCUGGUAUGAGUUUCGGGUUAUGGCGGUCAUGGAUGACCUCAUCAGCGAGAGCUCCAACGUGGUGGGCGUGUCCAGCACCGACCUGUACGCCCCCGCGGAGACGGUGGACGAUGGUCUGGCUCGGCCCGUGGUCGCUGGCGUUGUCGCCACCAUCUGCUUCCUGGCCGCGGCGGUGCUCUUUAGCACGCUAGCCGCGUGCUUCGUCAACAAGCAGCACCGCCGCAAGCUGAAGCGUAAACCAGACCCGCCUUUGUCCGUGACACACUUCAGGAAAAGCAUCGAGUCACCGCUCUCCUCAGGAAAGAUCAGUCCCGAGAGCUCCCCCCCGUCCAGGCCGCGGUCCCUCUCCUCGGACAGCUCCCACGGGCCGGGCCUCUACGUGCGCAAGCUGCCCAGCCCGCUGCGCGAGAAGGACAAGGAGCUGUCCUUCUACAAGAAGACCAAGCGCGCCAUCGCCAGCAAGAAGUACAGCGUGUCCAAGCACGAGGCGGAGGUGACCACGCCCAUCGAGCUCAUCAGCCGCGGGCCCGACGGCCGCUUCAUCAUGGACGCCAGCCCGCCGGCGCGCCGCAUCCAGGGCUUCCCCUUCGCCGAGGAGUCCGACAUGUACCCCGAGUUCCGGCAGUCGGACGAGGAGAACGACUUCGACCCGGGGCCCCUGCCCCCCAUCAUGCCCACGCUGCGGCCCCAGCUGUCCCCCACCUCCUCCAGCCUGGAGUCCACGCAGCCCCCCAACUACAGCCCCCGCCUGCACCGCGCCAUGGAAGGUAUGAGCUUCGCGGAGGGCGGCACGCUGCACGCUUCGGGGCAGGCGCCGGCCUCCCGCUACCGGGGCUUCCCGCAGGGCCCGUUCUACGGGUACCUCGGCAGCCGCGGCGAAUCAGGGAUCCCGCCGCCGUUCUACAUGCCCGACAUCAGCCCCCGCAGCUCGGCGCUGUCCUCCCCCCCGGGCACCGCCGACGGGGGGCCGUUCGGCUACCCCUCCAUCCCGGAGGAGAGCGGGGACAUGGAGCACCAUCAGUACACCGCCUCCGGCCACUCGCUCUCCCUCACGCACAGCCCCGUGCCCCGCUCGCCCGAGAGCUGGCAGCCUCAUGAGUUCCCCUUCCUGGGUCUAGAGGGUCCUCGCUUCAUCUACCCGCCGCACCAUCCCCUGCAUCACCCCCAGGACCUCCCAGACCCGCCCCCUUACCCGCCUCACUCGCUGCCCCCCAGCCGCCUGCACCUCCCGCCCAUGUCGGACCCCUCCAGCCCCGGACUCCUGCAGCUGGAGGUGCCCUCGGCCCCCCAGGGCCGAGACCGGCCCCCGGGGCCCCCGGUGAGGCGCUUAGCUAUGCAACAGGCCCAGAGUCUGGGCCAGCUCAGACACACGUCCCACGGUGUGGGCGUACCAGUGUUGCCUUACCCCGACCCGGUGGCGCGCGCUGGGAGCCCCAGCACGGCUCCCAGCAGCAGCCCGCAGUCGUGGCUCAGCCCCAGGGCCUUGCGGCGGGCCGACCCCAGCCUGCCACCGCUGGUGCUCCAGCCGUCCCGCCUCUCGCCGCUGUCCCAGAGCCCGCUGAGCACCCAGCCGGGCUCCCCAGACAUCCUGGUGCGGCCGCCGCCCCGGCCGAGCAUCCUGCGCACCUCGCGCUCGCUGGAGAUGCCCGAGAUCACCCUGCGGCCCUCGGCCUCCGUCAGCUUCUCCCGGAGGUCCUCCCCCACCACCUCCCCCACGCAGGGCGCACGUCCGCCCGGCACGGGCUACCGCGGCACCCACAUGUCGUACGCCUCCACCGCCGCCAGCUACCCCUCCCAGUCCCCCUCCCCGCCUGCCGAGGGUAGGGACGUGUUCGGGCAGAGGCCGUCCCAGAGGAGGUCGGAGGAGGAGAUGCUGCCCUCCGAGCCCUCACAGCUCCAGUUAUCCGCCUCAGGGGAACCUCUAGGGGCGUCUGGGGAUUCUGCCGGGUCUGAGAAUUUACAAGAGCUUCUGCACCAGUGUAUCAUUAAAGCCAAGGGAGAGGCGGCCAACAACAAUAACAACACCACUUCUCGAAGGAGAACAGGUGUGUCCCCUUCUCAGACCCUGCAGAACUCUCAGACGCCACUAGAGGGCGACAACGAUCCCCCUGUCCACAAAAAGGAAAAAAAGCAUCACAGGAGAAGCCCCUAUCUCUACCUGACCUCCCUGCUGCGGGGCAGGCGCUCUGACGAGGACCAGACGGGCAUUUUGGCCGGCACAGACUGCGAGGGUCAGAAUUAUGGAACUCUACCCUGAACCUACAGUUAAAAAAAUAAUAAAACAAGGCCUGACCUAUUGGAUCUCUCUCUCUCUCUCUCUCCCUCUCUCUCCCUCU